AUGAACUUCUGCAAGCGUGUGCGCGGUGAUGGUCGAACGCAGACCUGCUCGGACGAGGUGGUUCCCUCCUUCUCCAUCUUCACCUCGCUCUGCGGGCUUGCCAGCUUGAUAUCCAGCACCAUCGAGCGUGCGCUACCUGCUUUACGAUCGACAGACCGCCGCGCCUUCUCCUUCCUUGUCCUCGUCUUCAUCAGCUCGAAGCUCCCGAACCGCACUCUACCCCAGCGUUUCCCUCUUCCCGCCACGUCUCGACAUCCACGCCAUGUCCUCCCGCAGCUCCUCCUCUUCGUCCGAAUCCGACGAACCCGUCCCCGCCUGGUCAGGGCCGCUGGGACUCGGCCAACCUUCUGCAACACAUGCGCGACAUCGGCAAUACGUACCGAUUCUCGAUCGGCUCCCUCUUUCGCCUCUCGCGCUCGUGGUCCGUUGCGGCGGCACCGUAUCGCUUCAAGACUGUCAAGGCCUCCCGGACUCGCAGCUUAUCGGCAUCGCAUCGCGCCUCGCUACGGCAAAUUUGUCGAGACGCUACACUUCGACAAGAUUGACGGCGACUCCGACCUCCAAGCGGUCCUGCUCCUUUCCCCCUUCUUCUCGCGCCUUAACAAAAUCAUCGUCAAACGUCCAGGGCUCUCAAACGUCCUAGCCACUGGAUUACUUCAGCAGGACCAUCUCUCAGAAUGUUCGUUCAUGACGGAGCCUGGCGGAAACGAUCCCCUCGGCCUCCCUUCCCUCUUCGCCAAUGUCACGUCGCUCGACCUCGAAAUGGACGAGCGUAUGUGCUUCAUGCGGGCCAUACAGGCGACACGCGGUCUACACAGUCUACACUUGCGUGGCGACUUGGCGGAGUUCAACUAUUCGAUCUCGAUGCAGACCCUCCUCCUGCCGAAACUCUUCGCCGAUAUGACGCAGCUUGAGACGCUCAAGUGGACGGGUGUGCGGGUGUCAACAUUCAAGGCAUUCUGCUCGUCAGACGACGAUUGGAAAGGCGGUCUGCCUCGACUUCGACACAUCACGAUCGGCUUCGACGGGUUGCUUCAGGACACGCUCGAGUUCGUCUCGAUGUUUGCCGACUCGCUCGAGCACCUAGUUCUCGAGUUCACCGAGAAUUCGACAGCACGCAAAGAGAUGCCCACCUGGAAGUUACCGCGCCUCAAGAUCCUCGAGAUGAAGGGUCAGAACGGCGAAGCAUUGCGGACCUUUGCCUGCUCUAUCUACGAGUGGACCUAUCCCGCCCUCGAACGCCUUCACGUCUGCCCCAUCGCACUGUUCGACGACGACGAGGACUUAACGGUCCGCUUCCUUGAGGAGCAAAUCACCGAUCACGACAGCAGGACGCCGAGUAACCCCCUGCGCUUCAUUCAGAUCUGGGACGCCAGCUUCCCCUUAAACAGCUCGUGGCAGCGGCAUAUCCGGACCGUCCUUGCACGCCAUAAUCGACAGGUCUCGACGACACCGAUGGAGCCCUAUCCCGACUCCUUCUUCCUCCACGCCGAAUUGAGGCGAUACGACGAGAAACGCGGACGAUCUGGUCAGGACAAGAUCGCUCAACUCGAUCGUGUCUUCGAGUUCCUCGGCGAUUGGUACACUCGCGCAAAGACGACGCGGAACGAUGCGGAUCUCGCGCGACAAGCCGUCAUACUCGAGCGGGCGGAACUCGAGCGAGUCGUCAGGACGGGUGGCUGA